AUGCGCGGGCGGGGCGUACCACUUUCCCCCUGUCCCCUCACAGUGUGCGCCGCGUCACGUACGCACGGGCCCUUCAUCUACAGGAUCGUGACAGUAAAGGGCAGCGCGCGCAACGCUCUACCUCUAUCGAAUUGUCGGCUGGGGACUGACAAUGUUGCGAUAUUACGAGAAGCAAAAACGUUGGUGGGCAAAAGCUAUCGGCGAGCGAUGGCCGCCGAGGAAUUUCCGCGAAAAAAGCUACACGUCACACGCGUCACCGACUCGACGUCACAGCGCAAGGCCGCGUUCACUAUGCUG